AUGUGUACAAUGUUAAUCCGAUUCAAGUUGCUUCUCUCGGAGCUCUCGCAGACCCAUCAAGCAUCAGCUAGAACCAAGCAACUGCAUGCUUAUAUAACUAGAACCCACCUCUUCCUCGAUCCCUUUUUCGCCACAAAAAUUGUGAGGCUCUACGCAGGGAAUGGCGACCUUCAGUCUGCUCGCCACCUGUUUGACAAAAGUCCGCAACGAAGCGUGUUCCUCUGGAACUCCAUGAUUCGAGCGUAUGCUCAAGCCCAUAAGUUUGAGGAUGCGUUAUCACUGUACAGAAAUAUGCUCCGAAAUGGCGGCACCCAACCUGACAAUUUUACUGCCGCCUGCAUUCUGAGGGCAUUCCAUGAGAAUUUCGACGAAGAUGGAUUGAGAAUUGUCCACGGAGAAGUCAUAGUUUCUGGGUUGGAAAUGGAUUCGGUUACUUGUAGCGCAUUGGUGACGGCUUAUUCAAAACUUGGUCUUGUUGGCGAGGCAAUUAAAGUGUUCUAUGGGAUGCUUGCACCGGAUUUGGUUUUGUGGAAUGUUAUGAUUUCCGGCUACUGCUAUGCGGGAUUCUGGAACAAAGGCCUACAAUUGUUCCGUGAGAUGCGACAAAACGGAGAGCAGCCAGAUGGGUACACUUUCAUUGGGUUAAUCUCGGGAUUACUGGAUUCAAGCUUGUUAGGAAUUGGCCAAGGAAUCCAUGGUAUGUGCUUGAAAAGUGGUUUUGAUUGUCAUGCUCAUCUCAGCAGUGCACUAGUGACUAUGUACUCGAGAUUCAAGAUCAUGAAUUCGGCUUAUGCUGUGUUUACCAACUUGUAUCAGCCUGAUUUCGUAACAUGGUCCUCCUUGAUAACUGGCUAUGUCCAAUGUGGAGAUUAUGAAAAAGCGCUGACUCAUUGCAGGAAUCUGAAUGCACAAGGGAAGAAGCUAGAUCCCAUCUUGAUCGCUAGUUUACUUGUAGCUGCUGCACGCUCAGCAAAUAUCCUAGCUGGCACUCAAAUACAUGGUUAUGUUGUUCGACAUGGUCUUCAAUCGGAUGUCAUGGUCUCUUCAUCCCUUAUAGAUAUGUAUUCGAAGUGUGGGUUUCUAACACUGGGCAUUCAGCUCUUCCGGAGUAUAAGCAACCACAGUAUUACUUCCUACAACACUGUAAUUUCAUGUUACGGGUUGCAUGGACUUGCCUCACAGGCUUUCAAACUAUUUGAAGAAAUACUGAAGAACGGUCUACAACCUGAUGAGUCCACAUUCUCUGCUCUACUUUGUGCGUGUUGUCAUGCUGGCCUUGUUACCCAUGGCCGAGAAAUUUUCAGGACGAUGCAAGAUGAGUUUAGGAUUCAACCAAGAACUGAGCACUGCGUUCACUAUGUAAAGAUUCUGGGAAUGGCAGGUUACUUGGAUGAGGCAUACAAUUUUAUCUGGUCACUUGGGCAACCCGUGGUGGAUUCAGGUAUUUGGGGAGCACUCUUAUCAUGCUGCGAUGCUAAUGGAGAUUCGGAGUUGGCAGAGGUUGUUGCCCAGCAUCUACUCGGUAAUGAGCCUAGAAAUGGUGCUUACAGAGUCAUGCUGUCCAACGUGUAUGCUAGUGAUGGAAAAUGGGAAGAUGUUAGGCAGUUAAGAGAUGGAAUGUCAAAUGCUGGAGUAAUUAAAAAUCCUGCCCUUAGCAUGGUGGCAGUUUAA